CACGCCCUCUCAACCUCCCGGAGUUCAUGGAGUCAGUCAUCGACUCGCUUUUCAACCAAUCCGACAGCCACAGCUUACCAAUGAGCUCCCAGAAACCCCUGGUGGCCACAGCUCCACCCCGACUGCAGAAAGAGAACGGCAUGUUCAGGACUCCUACUGUCCGGCGUUCCCUCCUGGAGUUGUCUCCUCGUUCUCUGACCCCCUUCAGGUCUUCCAUGGUAGAGUGUAUAAAACAGGAACCUAUGGAGUGUGUUGUCUCAGCCCCAGACCAACAGCCAACCGGGGUCUCCCCAGACCAACAGCCAUCCUUAAAGAAGAUCAAACAAGAGGUGGGGUCUCCCUAUCUACAGUGGGAAGGACCAGACAUCCACACCCAGCUCUUCUCCCCUCCGGCCCCGCACAGGGAAGUACCUGAUCUGCUGACUACUUCUGCACUGAAUGGAGACGGACACAAACCCUACCACCUCCCCCGUCGGUCUCUGGGCAGCCCACUACAGCAGCUCAACACUUGGGACCAAGUGGCUUGUGGGAAGGUGGAGGACCAAGUGGCUUGUGGGAAGGUGGAGGACAAGGUCUUGGCUUUAGAGCAUAAAUACAUCACUUCUUACUCUGCUAGGACCUUGGUCAUGUAAUAUAUACACAGACAGACAGACAGACGGACAGACAGACAGACAGACAGACAGACAGACAGACAGACAGACAGACAGACAGACAGGCAGGCAGGCAGGCAGACAGACAGACAGGCAGACAGAGACACUCGUUGGAUUCAAAGACCAAAGACUUUAAUUUGUUUAUUUCUAUUUCUAUUAUUUUGUAUUCAUGGGUUGUUUUGUCACCAUAUUGUUUUGAUCUUCUGAUCUGACGCCUGACUGAGCGUUCUACUCAAUACAUCGUCAAUGGUGAAGAUUGAAUCAAAAGUGUAUUACAGUCGGCUUGGAAGCACAAUGCCAUUCAAAAGGAGGCAUUACAUUAGUAGGGAAACCUUUUGUCAUCAUUUUGAUGUCGCCAGAUUGACUUUAGCUGCAGUAUAACGUUAGCUAGCUAGCUAAGAUUGAAGGGAGACCGCCAGAUUGACUUUAGAUGCAGUAUAACGUUAGCUAGCUAGCUAAGAUUGAAGGGAGACCGCCAGAUUGACUUUAGCUGCAGUAUAACGAUAGCUAGCUAGCUAAGAUUGAAGGAGACCUCCAGAUUGACUUUAGAUGCAGUAUAACGUUAGCUAGCUAGCUAAGCUUGAUGGCAGGUCACCGGAUUUUAGCUAGCUAACGUUAGAAUUUGCUAGCUAUUUUUUUACAAACUUUGCUAACUAAGUAAAUUUGAUGACAUGAUAAUGCUGACAAAGUUGUUUUUUCCUACUAAAUAUUUGACUACUUUUAGCAAUGUCAUCGUAUUUCCAGGCGCUAUAGUGUCAUUUAGACGAAACAGUAAUUAGCCUCCGCCCAGAAAGACUGGGCAUAUCACCACUAUGGCG